CUAGGUAAGCGCAUUAUCAUUUUUAUGAGUCAGUGCUGGAGAUAAUUUCAAAUGCAACAUGUACUAUAGUAAGAGACGGCGAUUAUCAUUCCGUUAAAUUCAUAACCGUACGUACAGUACAAAAGGUUUCGAGUGCAGUGUUUGUGUUUACAUCCGAAUUCAACAUGAUUCGUGUCGCAACGUACGUGUUUAUAGACUUUGAAACCUCGAGCCUCCCUAUAGAGGAUCAUAAUAAAACACGUAUCACCGAAUUGUCUUUCAUAGCAGUGAAACGUGCUCAUAUCCUUGAUACCGAGAUCGGCGCCGCGCCGCGCGUCCAGCAAAAACUCACCCUGUGUCUUUACCCUGGAAGAAUGAUAAGUCCAACGAGCACAAAAAUAACAAAAUUGAGUAACGAAUUACUUGAGUAUGAAACGACAUUUAACGACAAUGUGUAUAAUAUAUUAAACACAUACCUGAACAUACUCACUAAACCCAUAUGCUUAGUGGCUCAAAAUGGCCUCAAAUUUGACUUUCCAAUACUCAAGAAUCACUUAAAUAAGUUGGGUAAGAGUUUCCCCGCAGAUCUUCUAUGCGCUGACAGCUACCAUUGCUUCUUUGAUAUAUUAGAAUGGCAGGAUAGUAAUGACACUUUAAAUAUAAACGACUCAUCAAUAGACAGAACAUUUCUUGAGGAAAAUUUACUUCAAAAAAAUACAUUGGUGAUGAAAUCAAUCAAUGAAUCAACACCUAAACAUAGGAUUACAGGUAGAGUGGAACCUGCAAAUCGUGAAAGAGUGAAAAGAAAAUUUGCUUGGAGUGCUGGUGAGAGACCGAAGAAGGGAUAUAAGUUGGGGCAAAUAUAUGAGAAGUUAUUGAAAACACCCUGUCUGGACGCUCAUCAGGCUGAAGCCGACUCUUACAUGACUUUAAAAUGUGCAGUGGCUGUGAAACAUAAAUUUGUAGAAUGGGUCGAUAAAAACUUUCACAAAUUUUCUGAUAUAAAACCCAUGACUAUUGGUAUACCAAUCGGAGAAUAAUUACAGUGAAUUUAAUAUUUUCAUUUCUAUCUUAUAAUUAAGUUUUUUAUUAAUAUUUUAAUUAUGAUACUUGUAUGGGAUGCUUCCAAACAAUUUUAAUGAAGAUUGAAUUUUUUAAACUAUUUAUAAUUUAUAUAAAUAAAUUCAGUUUUAUUAUAUUUUUAGGAAUUAUAUAUUGUGUCCCUAAUACAAUAUAGACAUUACUUUUUAGGGCUGAUCUUUCAAUGUCCAAGUGUAACGAUUUUAGUUAAUAUUGAAUAUUCAUUUAUUUAAUAUUCAAGAAAACAGUAAGAAGAAUUCAGUAGAUGCAAAGAAUGUAAUACACUCAUAUGAUUUUUUAACAGGCAAUUGAAAUAGUUGAUGGCUAACUAAAUGUAUAUUGUCUAAAUAAUGCAAUAAAUCAUAAGCAAUGUCAUCACAAUUACUGUGUUUACAGUCCAGAAGGUGUAUAUUAUAUAUAGGCUCUAAGUAGCUAAAAUAAUAAUAAUUUCUUACUUGGAACCCUAUGCAUGCUAAUGGAUAAUAAAAAAGAGGAAAGGGACUGUUGAAAAAUCAACUUAAAAGUCUGAUAGUUAAGAUUCAAAGAUAAACAGUGCAAUUUUAUUGUGUAUCAGUCAUUUUGUUACUGUGUAAUAUGGGCCAUAUAAAUAUUUGAUGAGAGCAUAGCACAAUAGCUUUACCUUCAUUUAAAAUAUUGUAUGGUUUUGUCAUAAUUUUAUUCUUUUACGUUAUUUUCUUUUUAUAUAUACAUAUUAUUUUUAAAAUAUUUGUGCUCAAUAUAAUUAUAGUGUAUGUUUUUUAUAUAUGAUUAAUAAAAGUAUGAUUUAUUGAUCUCAAAAGAAAUUGAAACCAAAUUGGUCUGAAAAAUUUUAACAUUAUUUUUACUUAAUGUUUGAUCUCAAAUUAUUUGGUAAAUGAAAUAUAAAUUAUGCAUACAUUUUC